UUGCUAAAAUGAAGUAAAUAGUUUUGUCAACUUCAAAACUGUCACUUUUUACAGUUUUUGUCAAUUUUUCAAAUUCCAACCGAAGUUUCCCCCUUUAGGAAUCGUUCGGUUGAACAAAAUUAAAAUGUGUAAACCACAAGACUCGUCAGACGAUAAGGAGGCGGAAUUAGCAAUGUCGACCGUUAAAAUGGAAAAGGAUUUGAGCAAAAGAAACGAGGACGACGAUUCGUUUUUCACAUUCUUAAAGAUGUUUCGUCGUAAACACAAACAUUGGCCGAAUAUUAAAAUAGCAAAAGAAGGCGCGAGAUUGUGGGCCUCCAUGGACUCGGUGAACAGGGACAAAUUUCAACGUAUGGCCAAAACUGUCGUUCCGAAAGAGGGACAGACGAAACCUGAACAAGAUAAUUGUCCACCUGGUCGACCACCUUCUUGUCCCCCAAAGAAAAAACGUAAACCGUGCAAAAAGAAACGAAAAAGACGCUGCUGCUGCAACCGGAAAAGGAAAAAAAAAUGUGCACGACGUAAACCAAAAUGUAAGAGAAAGAAGAGAAAACGCAGUUGUUGCUGCGGAAGGAAAAGAAAGAGGAGGAGCAGUUGCAAAAGGAAGAAGAAACGUUGCAAGAGGCGCAAAACCUCGUGUGGAAGUGCAUCAAGUGGCUCUAGUGUUAAUAGCACUGCUUCGACGUGAAAAGUCUUUUUGACGUGUAGCUUUAGGCACGAAUCCUUUAUCUCUGUACGAAUUGUCUUGUUUUUUUUUUUUUUUUAAUAAAACGUAACAGAAUAAUUCAACUUUUAUUACCUGAAUUUACCCAACAAAACCAACACCGUCCCAGGCUUGGUAUUGCCUAGGACAGUCUUGGUAUUGUUUUUCCCAUCACUCGAGCAGUAGUGAGUUCCCCAAUGUCUUUUACCUAUCGUCCUAGUUUUGAUUCUGUUAUGAUUUUGUGGCUCAAAUUUCUACCUAAUGUAGCCCCAAAAUGGUUUCUAAUUUUCGUUUUGCUGAAUUUUAUAGUAGUAUUAAAAUUCUGAGUAUAUUUCUGAUUAGCAAGUGGAUUGUAAACCGUCGGCUGACUUUU